AUGAGCUUUGCCAAGUACACUGGAAAGACGCAGAUUCUCGAGAAGCACGACGAUGACGUGGUCAUCUGUGGCGCGUACCGAUCACCCGUCACGCGUGCUCGCAAGGGUGGCCUUGCCCAGUGCACACCAGAAGAAUGCCUUGGUGUGGUGUUCAAGGGCCUGAUUGCUAAGACGGGCGUCGACCCGAAGGUCAUUGAAGACGUUUCGGUUGGAAACGUGCUUCCACCCGGUGGUGGUGCCACGGGAGCUCGUCAGGCUGCACUCUGGGCCGGUAUCCCCAAUACAGCCGCCGUCAACACAGUGAACCGCCAAUGUUCAUCUGGUCUCGCCUCUGUAACGCAGAUUACAAAUGAAAUCAUUACGGGUCAGAUCGACGUGGGGAUUGGUGCCGGUGUGGAGUCGAUGACUUUGAACUAUGGCGCUGGUGUCAUGCCUGUGAAGAUGUCUGACGAGGUUAUGAGCAACGAGGAAGCAGCCGAUUGCAUGAUGCCGAUGGGUAUUACAUCGGAGAACGUCGCCAAAAAAUACAAUGUGACUCGUGAAAAGCAAGAUGCCUUUGCAGCCGAGUCGUAUAAGCGUGCCCACGAGGCCAAGGCGGCUGGCAAGUUCAAGGAUGAAAUCAUCCCGAUCAAAUAUGUUGAUGACGACGGCAACGAGCGCGUUGUCAGUGAAGAUGACGGUAUUCGCCCUGGCGUAUCGAAGGAGUCGCUUUCGAAGCUCAAGCCAGCCUUCGCUAAGGAUGGCUGCACGCACGCUGGCAAUGCCUCGCAGGUCAGCGAUGGUGCUGCUGCUGUGCUGCUUGCUCGCCGCAGUGUCGCUCAGAAGCUCGGUCUGCCUGUGGUUGCCAAGUUCGCCGGCGCCGUCGUUGUGGGCGUGCCGCCGAACAUUAUGGGCGUUGGACCUGCAUUCGCGAUCCCCAAGCUACUCGAAAAGGCUCAAAUCUCCAAGGACGAUAUCGACAUAUACGAGAUUAACGAGGCUUUCGCGUCGCAGGCUCUUUUCUCUGUUGAGCAUGUUGGCUUGCCUCUUUCAAAGGUGAACCCUGUGGGUGGUGCCAUCGCCAUGGGACAUCCACUCGGUGCUACUGGUUCCCGUCAGAUUGCGACAGCUCUAAGUGAGGCGAAACGCACUGGUGCUAAGCUGAUCGUCACCUCGAUGUGCAUUGGAACCGGUAUGGGUAUGGCCUCUUUGAUUGUAAGCGAGCAGUAA